CCGUCCUCUCCUUCUCCUUCUCUUUCUCUCUCCUUCUCUCUUUCGCUCUCCCAGCGUCUCUCUGUUCGCUCAGACACACACUUUCUCUCUCUCGCUUUAUUGUUUGAAAUCCCUCCUCUGCUUUCUCUUUCCCUUCCUUCCUUUGGUUUUUUAUUAUUCAAAACACACAAAAAAAAAAGAAACAGAAAAAAACAGAUGACCCAAGACGCAGCUCCAGCAGCGACCGAGCGCUCGUCGGGUAGUGCUGCCUCGUCCGGCAAUCAUGGCGGAGCAGUCCCUCCCCACAUGGGGACUGGCACAAGCAGCGGCGGCGGCGGCGGCGGGAUGGGCCUGGCUGCGCUGCCCCAGUCGGCGCCGUCCUCGCAGGAUGAAGAUGACAGCUUUGUCACCAAUUCCCUCUUCCUGCUCGCAUCGGCCUCCGUCAACGCGUCCGCAGCGCCGUCCCCAUUGGCAUCGCCAACCAAGCUCAGUCUGCUGGCGACGGGAGCCGCGUCAGGCGCCGCCGCCGCCACCACCGCCGCCGGCAACUCGUCCGCUUCUUCGUCUUCCUCUUCGUCGUCCGCUGCUGUCAACCCCGCCAUCGUCACGCCGCUGACUUCAGGUGGCACCGCUUCAUCUGUCAAUGGUAACGGCGGAUUGGUUGCAGGCGGAUCUGCCGUGGGAGUCACCAGCAGUCCCCUCGAGACGUCCCGGUUUGUGUUUCCGACACCCGCGAGUCACUCUGGCACAAACCCCCAGCUGCUCCGCCAGCAACCGGCUGCCCAACAGCAGCAGCAGCAGCAGCAGCAGCAGCAACAGUCCAUUCAACAGGCAGCGCAAUCCCAGCAGCAACAGGCGCCACAGCUCGCGCCGUUCUCGGGAACAAACAGCCUCGUCUCGCUCUCGACCCUCCCGACGCCGUCGCUCAUGUCGCCAAUUUCUGCGCUGCAGUCGCCGUUCUUGCUGUCGCGCGCAGCAUCCAUCAACCAGGUUUCGACAUCGCCGCCUCCCUUGGCCAUGGGCCACCAGCCGUCGCUUUUCAACAGCCUGCAGCCGGCAACGCCCGGAUUGCAGUUUGGCGCCACGGGGCACGGAGGCAAUACUGCCACCAGCACGCCCCCGCUCAGCUCGGCCUUCCUCGCCGCGCUGAACAAGGCGCAGCCGACCUCGUCGAAUUUCUCAGCAGCAGGCACAUCCUCGCCUGGCUUUGGCAGCGGUGGGUUGAACAUGCCGCUUCCGCAGUUCAACACCCUGCCAGCAAUCCAAUCCGCCGCGGCUCUUGCACUGAUUGCCCGGCAGCAGUCGCAGCAGCAGCAGCUGCAGCACCAGCAGCAACAACAUUUACAAAAGAUGCAACUACUCCAGAUGCAGCAACACAAACAACAGCAACUUCAACAACAGCAUCAGCAGCAGCAGCAACAACAACAAUCACAACAAUCACAACAGUCGCUAGCAGCAUUCAACGCCCCGUUCAUGCCCUUCCCGGCGCAACUCACCUCGCAAAUGACGCAAAGCCUCAUGGCUGUGGACGACGACCACUCAGUCGCCGGUGCCAAGUCUCCACGAUCCAGCCGAGGACGCGGACGAAAAGCAGCAGCAACAGCAGCAGCAGCAGCAGCCGAGCCUGCUGAUGAAACGACCGCCAUGGCCACCGACAGCGACGACGCGGCACUGGAUGCAAGCGACUCGAGCGACAUGGCAGGCUACUCUGCCCCUCCCGGUGCAGUGUCGGUCGGUGGCUCGGCCAACGUAAACCGGCGCCCGGUUGCAAUCACUCCCGUGAUCAUGUCUGCCCUGAAAAAGCUCAACAUUUCGCUGGACGAACUCAUGAACAUUGCCACGCGCGACCUCAACACCAUGGCCAACAAGGUACACUUGUCCGCGCAAGAGAUUUCCGAUCUCAAAAUGCAACGUCGGCGUGUCAAGAAUCGCGAAGCGGCACAAGUUUGUCGCAAGAAGAAAAAGUCCUUUGUCGUUGAUUUGGAGGGCAACAUGUCGGUACUGCAGCGGGAGCAGGACAACUUGCGAGAAAACUUGCGGACGGCGGAAGCAACCUUUCAACAAGCGAAAACUGCGACCGCAACCAAACUGAAACAGCGUGCCCAGCUGUUCAACGAGCUCGUUCAAAUUCGCUCCAAGCUCGGACUGAACCCCAAUGAGCUUCGUGUGCAAUGGAGUCAUCGCCUUGCGAACGAAGGGGAGGUCGUUCGAUUGUUAAAUUCUUGAAUUUUCCUGCGUUUUGGUUCGUCUUCCCCCCCCCCCGUCGAUAUCGCUUUGGGGGCUGUAUUCUUUGACUUUGCCCAAUCAAUUGUAAUCAAUCAUUUACAAAUUUUUCCGUGA